AUGAGACAAAGCGACAAAAAACAACUUGUCUCACCAAAUCUCUCCACUCAGGGCUUGAGUUCGUGGAUCCGCAUUCCUCCUAAUGACGUCAAGACUCACGACCCCCCAGCAAACUCAGUGCUGGAGGAGAUUAGGUUGUCGACAGUCCUCCGGCAUCUGUUCUUGGCGCUGCAAGCAUUGCUGUCCUGUCCUCUCCUAACCCAGGUGCUGUCUCUAGGUGCAGAUGUAUUGCCAGAGUACAAGCUUCAAACUCCUCGCAUCCACAAGUGGACGGUAUUGCACUAUAGCCCUUUUAAGGCUGUGUGGGACUGGCUCAUUCUGCUACUGGUUAUUUACACUGCCAUCCUGACUCCUUACUCAGCUGCCUUCCUUCUCAAUGACCAGGAGGAGGUAGCCCAGCAGAACUGUGGUUACUCCUGCUCUCCUCUCAACGUGUUGGACCUCAUUGUGGACAUUAUGUUCAUUAUUGACAUCAUCAUCAAUUUCAGGACAACGUAUGUCAACUCUAAUGAUGAAGUGGUGAGUCACCCAUUGCGAAUUGCCGUGCACUAUUUCAAAGGCUGGUUCCUCAUCGACAUGGUGGCUGCUAUUCCUUUUGACCUGCUCAUCUACCGCAAUGGAGAGGAGACAACUACUCUGAUAGGCCUGCUGAAAACUGCUCGUCUCCUGAGACUGGUGCGCGUAGCCAGAAAGUUGGACCGCUACUCUGAGUAUGGUGCUGCUGUCCUUUUCCUUCUCAUGUGCACCUUUGCCCUGAUUGCUCACUGGCUGGCUUGCAUCUGGUAUGCUAUCGGUAACGUAGAAAUGAAUGGUUCGAUAGGUUGGCUUCACACCCUGGGUGACCAGCUGGGAAAACAAUACAAUGAUUCUAUCCGAGGUUCAGGACCUUCCAUCAAAGACAAGUAUGUCACAGCUCUUUAUUUUACAUUCAGCAGUCUGACAAGUGUGGGAUUUGGAAAUGUUUCACCUAACACCAACUCUGAGAAGAUCUUCUCUAUCUGCAUCAUGCUCAUUGGAUCCCUGAUGUACGCCAGUAUCUUUGGGAAUGUGUCUGCCAUCAUCCAGCGGCUCUACUCAGGAACGGCUCGUUACCACACCCAGAUGCUGCGAGUGAGAGAAUUCAUCCGUUUUCACCAGAUCCCGAAUCCUCUCAGGCAGAGGCUGGAGGAGUACUUCCAGCACGCCUGGUCUUACACCAACGGCAUCGACAUGAACGCGGUCCUUAAGGGCUUCCCAGAGUGUCUGCAGGCAGAUAUCUGCCUCCAUCUGAACCGAACACUGCUGCAGAACUGUAAAGCUUUUAAGGGUUCUACCAAGGGCUGCCUCAGGGCACUGGCCAUGAAGUUCAAGACCACCCACGCGCCCCCUGGUGACACGCUGGUCCAUGCUGGAGAUGUCCUCACUGCCCUUUAUUUCAUUUCCAGAGGAUCUAUUGAGAUACUCAGAGGAGAUGUGGUGGUUGCUAUCUUAGGGAAGAAUGACAUCUUUGGCGAACCACUCAACCUGUAUUGCCAACCUGGUAAAUCGAAUGCUGACGUAAGAGCUCUAACUUACUGCGAUCUCCAUAAGAUUUUAAGAGAGGAUGUGUUGGAGGUGCUGGACAUGUAUCCUGAGUUUGCAGAUCAUUUCUGGAACAACCUGGAAAUCACCUUCGAUCUCAGAGAUACAAAUAUGAUCCCAGGUUCACCGAGCAGUGGUGACUCUCCUUGUGGGACACUCAGUAAACUACAAAGGCAGAAAUUAUCAUUUCGAAGACGUACAGAAAAAGAUGAUGCAGACACUGGAGAAAUAAAGAAGUUCCAUAAAUCUACAAGGCGAAAACAGAGGGAGGCAGCCAACAACCACAGAGAUAAAGAGAGACACAGUGGGACAUAUGCAAGCUUAGUGUCUCCUCCUUCCAGUGGGGAUGAGGACAAGUCUGUUGUGAGAGGCCUUGUUCCACCACCCACAGUUCUCGAGAACUUAAAGGUUCAUGCACCACCCAGGAGCUACAGUGAGAAGACUGAUGGUGAUGGGGACCCAAAGACUGGGAACACACGCAAUGCUCUAUCAGGUGCCUUUUCAGAGGUGCCAAAUCCAUUCAGUAUCUGGGGACAGAGUCGAUGGGGCAGCCAGUACCAGGAGGUCGCCUGCUGCAGCCUGGGCUCGCCUAUGCCUUUAAACAAGCCACUACACCGCAUGAGCCACCAGCAACUCAGCCAGUUGGACUCACGGCUGGACCAGCUUCAGCAACAGCUCAGCAGGUUGGAGGGUCGUACGUUGGCAAACAUCGGGAUAAUCGUUCAGCUUCUGCAGAGGCAGGAGACCCCGUUUCCUCCUACAUACAGCAUGGUUUCUUCACCCCCUCAGCCAUCUCCCUACAGCGGUCCCAGCCCAGGAGAGAGAGUAGCACCACCCUUGGAGAUGGACACAACCUCCCUAUCACAGGUCACAGAGACCAAAGAUCUAGAAGAGUUUCCAUUUGCAUCACUUCACUCCACACAGACCACCAGCAGUCAGGACCAGCCUGCACCCUACGGGCUGGGCAUCCAAGUAUUUGGCAAAGAGCUGGACAAGCUAUAG